AUGUCUGGCUUUCCCCCUGCCCCCGCACCCAAGUCGCGUCUCGGUCGUUACCGCCUGCUUGCACCCACGGCGGCCGUGAGGGUCAGUCCAUUGUGCUUGGGAGCCAUGAACUUCGGAGAAGGAUGGAAAGAAAGACUUGGUGAAUGUGACAAGGAGAACUCCUUUAAGAUGCUUGACACUUUCUACGAGAACGGCGGAAACUUCAUCGAUACUGCCAACAACUAUCAAUGCGAAGAUUCCGAGUCCUGGCUCGGUGAAUGGAUGGAGAAACGCGGCGUCCGUGACCAGAUCGUGCUGGCCACCAAGUAUACCUCCGGCUAUCGAACCUACAAGCCCGAGAUCCAGGCCAACUUUGUAGGCAACAACACCAAGAGCAUGAGGGUAUCCGUGAACGCGAGUCUGAAGAAGCUGCGAACAGACUAUAUCGACCUGCUCUACGUUCACUGGUGGGACUUCAGCACUUCCAUCGAGGAAGUCAUGACCUCGCUCAACCAGCUCGUCACUGCCGGAAAGGUGCUCUACCUUGGCGUCAGCGACACGCCCGCUUGGGUUGUCAGUCGCGCAAAUCAAUACGCGCGCGACCAUGGCAUGCGCCCGUUCUCCGUGUACCAGGGCCAAUGGAACGCCGCGCGGCGCGACUUCGAGCGCGACAUCAUCCCGAUGUGCGCCGCGGAAGGCAUGGGUAUCUGCCCCUGGGGCUCGAUCGGCGGCGGCGCCUUCAAAACCGCGGCGCACCGCGCCGAGCUGGCGAAGAACGGCAAUCCCGGGCGCCAGGUUGAGCCGCGGGACGUGGACGUUGCGGUGUCUGCGGUGCUGGAGCGGGUCGCAGCGCGGCACAAUACGGUGAUCACGAGCGUGGCACUGGCGUACGUGAUGAGCAAGGCGCCGCACGUUGCGCCGAUUGUGGGCGGGCGCAAGGUCGAGCAACUGUUGGGUAAUAUCGAGGCGCUGAAGCUGGAGCUAUCGGACGAGGAUGUGGCGGAGAUUGAGGGAGCGUAUGAAUUUGAUCCUGGGUUCCCGUCGAACUUCUUAUUCCGAGGGGAGAAGAAGGAGUCGCAUCCGGGAAAUAUCGUCUUCUUAAAUGCGGCGGCCAGAUUUGAUUAUGUUGAUUUGGUGCGGCCGAUUAAGCCGAAGGAUGUUGACGCUUGA